AUGGCCAAGGUUAAGGAAUUCCAAGGAGACAAGGGUUGCACUCCCGAACAGCGGUAUCGGGAUAGAGCGAUGGAGCGUAGGAGUCAUUUCGGUUAUGAUCCAGGGCUACAAGAUGAACCUGAAGAUGCCUCCGCCGAAGUGACACAGGCGGUCGCUGCUUAUAAGGCGGCAAAGCCAUUGGACUCUACCAAUGUUGGUAACAGAAUGCUCAAGUCUAUGGGAUGGAGUGAAGGUUGUGGGCUAGGACGAAAUCUUCAAGGUAUUGUUAUUUCUGUGAAAAUCUUAAUAUUUACUUUAGGCAUCGUUCAACCAAUACAAGCGGAACAGCAUGUUCAAGGUGUUGGUCUUGGCUCUUCUGGUUCUAAAAUUGAUGUUAACGCCUCGUGGAAGGAUAGAAAUAGAAAAUCAGCCAUUCAACGAUUCAAUGAUUUACAUGACACAUAG